UAAAAAAACAGUGACACUGAGUGACACUGGAACGGAGAGAAAAUGAACUAAAACAGAACUUGAGGCACGUUUUUUUUUCGGGAAUUUCUUUCUCGUUUAACCAAGCUGCUUCAAGAUGGGUAAGGGUAACAAUAUGAUCCCGAAUGGGCAUUUCCACAAGGAUUGGCAAAGAUUUGUCAAGACCUGGUUCAAUCAACCUGCCCGAAAAUUCAGACGUAGACAAAAUCGUAUCAAGAAAGCCCGUGCAGUUGCUCCAAGACCAGUUAACUUAUUGAGACCAGUAGUACACUGUCCCUCAUUCCGUUACCACACCAAACUUCGUGCUGGUCGUGGUUUCACACUUGAUGAAUUGAAAGCUAGUGGUAUAAACAAAAAUUUUGCCAAGACCAUUGGUAUUGCUGUUGAUUCAAGACGUCGUAACAAAUCUGUUGAAGCACUCCAAACAAAUGCACAAAGACUCAGAGAAUACAGAUCUAAACUUAUCCUCUUCCCCAUCAAUGCUAAAAAGCCAAAGAAGGGUGAUUCAACUGAGGAAGAAUGCAAGGUCGCCAGCCAAAUUAAAGGUGAUGUAAUGCCAAUUCGUCGUAGUGCUCCAGCUAAAUCAAAGGCACGUCCAAUCACUGAAGAAGAGAAGAAAUUCUCUGCUUAUGUUGCACUUCGUCAAGCAAGAGCUGAUGCUAGACUUGUUGGUAAGAGAGCCAAACGUAUCAAGGAUGCUGCUGAAAAUCCUGAUGAUGUCACCAAGGUACCAGGUGGCAAAGACAAAAAAGCCAAGAAGUAAAAAAAUAAUCAUCGAACUCUAACAUCGAUGAUAAUUUUGUUGAUGUACAUAUAAAAAUUUUUAAUAAAGUAACAUUAAAAUUA